AUGGACGAGCCUUCUUCAACAACUCCAACGCGCUACUAUCGUAUGCGAGGUGGGCAAGCUCAACAUGAGGCAGCUUCUCGCGCAGGUCUAACAUGCAACAGGACUUACUUUGGCAACACGAAAGAGCCGUUCGCGCUCACCCUGGCAGGCUCCAAGCUCUAUGUCAUCACACGAUCCAAGGACGUGGCGGAGGCGUACCGCAACACGCACACCCUGUCCUUCAACGAGUUCGUGCAGGCAAUGAUGCGCGCAUGUGGAAACACCGAAUUCUGUGUCAAGGCCAUGUACAACCCGCUACCUACCGACAAGGACGGCUUUCCCAACCCGCACGGGAAGCCGCUCGCCACGCUGGCCCGCCAGAUGCACAUCCACCAGCUGUAUCCCGGCGACAGGCUCGACUUCCUCGAGAACUCGUUCCUCGAAUGGUUCGACUACCGGAUGCACCUCGACAGACUUCACGAGGCGUGUCCAUAUGCCAUCCGCUCGACCAACCGCGACAUUGUACUGCCGCUCAUGGAGUGGUGCUCCGACUUCUUCACCAAGGCGGGACAGAGGGCGUACUUUGGCGAUGCGCUGUCGGGAAUUGACCCGAAGCUGACCAAGACAUUCAUCAUCUUUGAUGAGCUGAGCUGGCAAGUGCUAUAUCAGUAUCCCGACUUUCUGGCGGGCGAGAUGAAGGGUGCGCGAGACGCGAUCCAGAAGGCGCUGAAGAAGUACAUCCAGAUGCCGCAGAGCCAGCGCUCCGGCGAUGCGUGGUUCACCAAGGCCAUGGAAAACGAGAUGCGCGCUCUCGGUAUCAGCGAAGAUGACAUCGCGACGAUCAUCAACACCAACACUCGCAAGGCAGCCUUUUGGCUCAUCAGCUACAUCAUGCACGCCCCGCAUCUCAUCGAUGUCAUUCGGGAAGAGACGAAGGACGCCUUCCUGGCUGACGGCUCCAUCGACCUCGAGUACCUGCACAAGCAAUGCCCACAGCUCGACGCCAUGUGGAACGAGACGAUCCGCAUGUCGGCGUACUCGGCCUCAGUGCGCUUUAUCACCGAGGACACCAUGAUUGGAGGCAUGGUGCUUCGCAAAGGGAACAGGCUCAUGAUCCCCUACCGACAGCUGCAUUUCGACGAGGGAGUCUUUGGUGCCGCGCCGGAUGCCUUCCAGCAUGACCGGUUCUUGAAGAAGGCAAACUUGACGCAGAGCAGCAAUUGGCGACCCUUUGGCGGCGGCACCACCAUGUGCCCCGGCAGGUAUGUGGCGAAGCGGUCGGUGCUUCUAUUCAUCGCCAUGCUGUUCCGCAGGUUCGACGUCGAAAUGGACGGCUACCAGCCGAUUCCCGCCGCCGAGGAAGGCAAGCCGGUCUUGGGCAUUAUGUCGAUCAAGGAGAACGAGGAUCUACGCGUGAGGUUAAAGCCGAGAAUCUGGUCUGAGAAGCAGUAA